CGUCAAGCAAUUUCUCUCAAUUGUCCAUAGCCUGAGCUUCCACAAUCCCUAAUCCUCGCAAACAAACUCCCACCAUUUUCUCUCUCUGUCUCUCGUUUAAUUUCCCCCGUCUCCCCUUUCCCGGUUUCUCCUUUCUUCUUCUUCUUCUUCUUCUUCUUCUUCCUGUGUUGUUCUUCUGGAUGUCAAACGACGAAAACCCAACACCUUUUUGAUCGGAAACCCCCUUUUGCAGCAAAGAAACUUGGCCCUUUCCCUUCUUCGCUGCCUUCAUUACCAUUCCGCUCGUUUUCUCUUUGUCGGACUCCGGAGCUGCUACGGCUGUGGGAACUUGAAUGAUUUCAUUCCCGAUUCGUCGACCACGCACUUGCAGACCAUUUCCUGGAUUGAUCGUCGUUUCCGUUUUAGGGUUUUGAUAAUCAGACUACCCGUAGUAUAUUUCCAAUUUGGCAAUCGCUAGGGUUGCUUCCGUAUUCCUCUUGAUUUUUCGUCUUUCCAUCUGGGUAGAUUUAAGUAGCUACUUUUUGGUAUUAUCAAUUUUCGGGUACGAAAUUUUCGAUUGCCAUAUCACUAAGUACCCUAAGGUCACUGGAGAUAGGUUGUGCUAAGUUGUUGCUUUCGUUUCUUCGCUUCAAGGAAACAACAUUUGUACCCUAACACCAUCAAGCAGGAAAGAUUUCUCUUUUGAAGCCUUAAGUGGACGGGUCAGCCACAAUCUACGAGCUCUUGUUUGGUGUCUCUCUUGAUGGUUCUGCUGUUCUGAGUGUUUAUUGGAGGGAGAAAGUUUGGUUUUUGGCCGAUACUAGCUGAAGGUAGAUAAAGUGUAACUGCAUGGGCGAGCAUGAAACGGCGCAGUCACAGCCACCUACUGGGCUCUUGCCAAACGGCCUACUUCCUAAUGAAGCGGCCUCCGUGAUGCGAGUGCUUGACUCGGCCAGAUGGUCGAAAGCUGAAGAGAGAACCGCUGAACUCAUAGAGUGCAUUAAGCCCAAUGAACCGUCUGAGAACCAACGUAAUGCCGUUGCUAGUUAUGUGCAGCGGCUUAUUAUGAAGUGCUUUCCUUGUCAGGUCUUCACUUUUGGGUCUGUUCCGCUUAAGACUUAUUUGCCGGAUGGUGAUAUUGACUUGACAGCCUUCAGUAAGAAUCAGGAUUUGAAAGAUACAUGGGCUCAUCAGGUUCGUGAUAUGCUGGAGAAUGAGGAGAAGAAUGAGAAUGCUGAAUUCCAGGUUAAGCAAGUCCAGUAUAUUCAGGCAGAGGUGAAACUUAUUAAGUGCCUUGUGGAGAACAUUGUAGUAGAUAUAUCAUUCAACCAGCUUGGUGGGCUGUGCACACUCUGUUUCCUUGAAGAGGUUGAUCAUAUGAUAAAAGAUGAUCAUUUAUUCAAGCGAAGCAUUAUCCUUAUAAAGGCCUGGUGUUAUUAUGAGAGCCGUAUAUUGGGUGCUCACCAUGGUCUGAUAUCAACAUAUGCACUGGAAACCCUGGUUCUAUACAUAUUCCAUGUUUUCAACAAAUCGUUUGCUGGACCACUUGAGGUCCUGUAUCGUUUCCUUGAGUUCUUCAGUAAGUUUGAUUGGGAUAACUUCUGUGUCAGCCUUUGGGGUCCAGUACCCAUUGGUUCACUUCCAAAUGUGACAGCCGAACCACCUCGGAAGGAUGAUGGAAAGUUACUGCUUGCCAAAUCAUUUCUUGAUGCCUGUGGCUCGGUAUAUGCAGUUUUCCCGAAUGGCCAAGAAAGUAAUGGCCAGCCUUUUAUCUCCAAACACUUCAAUGUCAUUGAUCCUUUGCGUGCUAACAACAACCUAGGGCGCAGUGUUAAUAAAGGUAACUUCUUCAGGAUUCGUAGUGCAUUUGCUUUUGGGGCAAAGAAGCUUGCUAGGUUACUUGAGUGUGACAGUGAGAACAUACACUUCGAAGUGAAUCAGUUUUUCCAAAAUACCUGGGAAAGACAUGGAACUGGUCAUCGUCCUGAUGCUCCGCUCAAUGGCUUUUGGCAAUUGAGACCGUCAAAUCAUGCUUACUUGAUUGGCUCAGAGAAGAAUCUCCAAAAUAUUGCGAGUGUCAAAUCUGGAAGUCAAGAAGGUCAAAAUAAUGCAUUGCAUGGGCCCUGUAUUGUUCCAUUCCAGCAUGGUAAUCACGCCCUGGAAAGCACAUCGUUGAGUAGUGAUGUUGCCACAGUAUCUCGAACACAAAGUCAAAAGAUGAAUGUAAAGCACAGUUUAAGAACUUCUGAUCAGGUUCGAAGAGAAAUCAGCACAAAUCAUUUUGUUCAUGCCGAAAAGAAUCUGAGCAGUUCUAAACCAGACAGCUUGGUACGCGAUUUACAAGGAAGGUAUCUUUUUGCAAGGACACACUCAAGUCCUGAGCUUACACAUACCUGUAACAAAGUUUCUUCACAAGCAAGGAGUGGUGAAGUUCCCGAAAGUGCAAAAGGCCAGACAACAGCACUUAGUUUUGACAAUAUCAAGAGGCAAGACACUGAACAUGAAAACUUGUCAAGGAAUGACGAUCUUUCAUCACUUAAGUGCAGUUCACCUCACCAGAGUCCUGAUGCUGCUGUAUCCAAUAGUUACCAUGAUGACUCGGUCAUGGGUGGCACACGUGAUGAAUUUUCUUCUCUUCUAGGUAUGCACGGGAUGCAUCAGGAAGAACAAGAUCUUGUCAACAUGAUGGCUUCUUCCAGUAGCCUUGGUUUUAAUGGACAAGUUCAUCUUCCACUGAACUUAGCUUCCGGUCACGUACCCUUCCCUAUACCACCUUCUGCUCUAGCUUCUAUGGGAUAUCUGCCAAGAAAUUUGGGUGGAAUGUUACCCACAAAUAUUCCAUUGAUGGAGUCUCCUUGGGGUGCAAACAUGCAAUUUCCCCAGGGUUUGGUUUCUUCUCAUUUGACCCACUAUUUUCCGACAGUAGGACUGACAUCAAGUCCAGAAGGUUCAGUUGAACAUUCGAAUGAGAAUUUUGGUAAUGUGGAAUCGAACCCUGGGGAGGCUAACAAUGAGUUUUGGCAUGAACAUGAAAGGGUUUCAGUUGGUGGCCAUGAACUUGAUAAUGGAAGUUUUGAGAUGGAAACAUCUGAUGAUAAGCAGCAAUCUACAUCGGGUCGGUAUAACUUUGGUUCAUCUAGAACAGGUGGCUCUGGUAAUACCUCUUCUAGAGUUCAGCCGAAGUUCACAAGGGGAUCCCUGCAUUCAAAUCAGGGUGAACUAGCAGAAAACUUUCUGUACACGGAGAACAAAGGUGAUGAAGUUCUCUUUGAUGAAAGGCUCACAAGUUCAAGUUCGUUUCCUUCUAUGCCAAGUAAUUCUGUAAGAAGUACAGCUUCUUCUGAGAGUUCAUGGGAUGGAUCAUCUGUAAAGACGAAGUCGGCAAGGGAAAAGAGAGGGAGGAAGACCUCGACUACUGUGGCAUCUGUAGUUCAUGUGAAAGGUAAAAGUAUAAAUGAAAGCUCCUCCAGCCAGGUGGACGAUGACAGCAAAGAGUGGAGCUCCCAGUUAUCAACUAGUCCUGAGAUUGUUGAAAGAGGCUUGGGGCCUCCAGCUACUGGUGUCUCAAUGCAUCAGGUUCCUGGGUUUGAGUUGGCGCAAACAAGUGGAUCUGAUCCAGUAGUGCCUAUUCCUCCAGUGCUAUUGGGUCAUGGUGCACGAUUUUAUCCUACGGGACCUCCUGUUCCAUUUGUUACAAUGCUUCCCAUUUAUAACUUCCCAGCUGCAGAGAGGGGAACUUUUGAGGCCUCAAUAAGUUCAGAGGAGGGCAUGAAUAACAUUGAUCCUUUUCAGAAUGGUGAUUUACUUGAGGGACAUCAUUAUCAGUCUGAAGUUCCAAGUCCUAGUAGUACUUCGAUGAGAGUUGCUGCCUCACUUGAGGCAUUUGAGCACAAGUCUGACAUCCUCAAUAGUGAUUUUGCUAGUCAUUGGCAGAACUUGCAAUAUGGACGGUUUUGCCAGACUUCACGGCUCCCUACUCCAGUUGUCUGUCCACCUGUUGCGGUACCACCUGUACAUUUACAGGGUCGUAUCCCAUGGGAUGGUCCUGGAAGACCUGUUUCGCCAAACAUGAAGCUUCUCAGUCAGCUAAUGGGUUAUGGACCCCGUAUCCUUCCAGUCGCUCCCUUGCAAGCUGUUUCCAGUAGACCUGCUGGUGUCUAUCAACAUUAUGUCGAUGAGGUGCCAAGAUAUCGCGGUGGAACUGGAACCUACCUUCCAGACCCUAAAGUGUCAGUCAGGGAUCGGCAUACCACAAACUCUUCCAGAAAGGCGAACUAUAACAACUUUGAUAGAAUUGAGCACCAUGGUGAUUAUCGAGAAGGGAACUGGAAUACUUCGAAGUCAAGAGCCUCUGGGCGCAGUCACAGUCGCAACCAAGCUGACAAGUCAAGUAGUUCAAGGCUCGACAGAUUAUCAGCCACAAGUGGGGGCAGCAGAUCAGAGAGGACAUGGGUCUCACACAGAUACGACAACCCCACUUCUCCUGCCGAACAGAUCGAGUUUGGUUCCCUUGGGCCUAUGGGGUCUGCCGAGCUGUCACAUUCUAAUGUGGACCAAAGACUUCAUAGCAGUGCAGCAGCUCAACUGUCUUCACCAGAUCAGCCUUCUUCUCCUUACUAUCUUCAGAGGUAG